AUCUUUGUGAUCGCGGGACUUUAGACAGUCCAGUGAUGUACCAAACCAGUCCGGUGACCUCAUGGACAACAGGUUUUCCUGAUUUGCAGGAACGACUAUUUUAGCCCUUAGGGCUAUAAAUAGACCCCAUUUUGACCCCAGCUAGAACAACAAGGCAGCAAGCAAGUGGAGAAUAAGUGCAUACUUAUAUUCUAUCCCUCGCUUGUGUAUUAUGUGAUAGAUCAAGUGAUUGGCAUGUGUUCUAGCCAAAGAGAUAGGCGUAUGUGUCAUACUAUUGCUGCAUAGAAGAGCUAGUGUGACCUUGAGCGACACAUUCAAUUCUAUCGAAGAGCUACCAAUUUUUGAUAGCCUCGGUUCUGUUGUAACUCUCAUCAAGGUAUAGUGAAAGUCUCAGUUUGUCACCUUAGUGAUAAACUUGAGCAAACAAAGGAAGGAGUUGAAAUAUACUCCAAGCCAGAUUGGCUAACUUUAACAUAGAGUAAGCAAGCAUUUGAGGCUUAAUCAAACCAUAGUGAUGCACUUUUCUACUUAUAUUUGUUAUGUUUUCUGGGAAGUGAAGAUAUCUUUUGAGACAAGGGCAUCUUUAUGCUGCAUAAGACUCUGCAAAUCAAGUAAGAAAGUUCGAAUAGAGUUUAAGCUUUUAUUAACGCCUAUUCACUCUCCUCUAGGCGACAUACAUGUCCUUAGUACCCUAAAAGGCACUUUCACUCAUCUUGCCUCGAUGGACUAGAGCGAGACGGGGUUGGGCAUGGAGUGGUGAAGGACAUGGGCGCACGUCAUGCACGUGAAUGGUUCGCCGAAAUCGGGGGGGGGGGUCUAAGUCUUGCAGGCACACAACUUUCUUCUGCAGUUUUGUUUUUCCACUUAAUCUGUUGCAAAUUUUCGAGUGCGGAAAACUUAUUCUGUUAUGGAUUUUUUGGUGUGGAUUUUUGGGAACUUAAUCUGUUACAGAUUUUUAUGCAGAUUUUUGGAAAUUAUGGAUUUGACUCGUUUUUUGGGACGUCAAAACCCUAGCGUGGUUUCUCCUAAUAACUACGUACGAGUGAUGUCGUAGAUGAAUAGCACACACCAAUGCAUCUAGGGUUUUGCCUCUUUUUCCUUGCCACGUCCCCGUGUACACUACUUCACCCCAAUUAUCGGUGUGCAUCGGCGAAUGAGAAAGUAGGCCACCAUAACUGUUGUUCUCUGCGAUUCUGUACUGGAGAGGGCGGGUAAGGGUUUUAGGAAGUGCUCUGCAUGAUUGCUUGAUCACUUGACUUGUCAUCUUCGUCAACUUCAUCGCCGCAGCUUGUCUUCCUCCUUGUUGCAUGGGCGCUUGACGUCGUUGGCAAGAACGAGACGGUACUGAACGUUGACGUCGUCUUUUCUACCUGAUUGCCGCCAAGAAAGAAAUGUACGACCAUCUCCCUUUAAUUAUGUAUUUCAUAUUGGGUAAUAAUCUGUUUAUACACGGUUCUGGUACAGUAAGUUUUAAUCUUAAUUAGUAUGAUGAUGUGCAUGUUUAGAUCUAUUUAUUUUAUGUGCACAUGUCUUCAUGGUCAUGCUUUAUAUGGAACUCAGUAUGAACACUCAUGUCACAUAUGCACAUACCUCGUACCUUAUCCCUAUUAACCUAUUUGGAACUCAGUAGGCACUUAACUAACCAAGUGCUCCAUUGACAUUACAUUGUGUCACUGUCUGCUUAUUUGCUGCCUAAUUCAUUGUUAUUGCUUGGUAUAUACAAUCGUAAUAUGUUUUCUGCUAUACUGUAUUUGGUUGGAUAGAACGAUCAAAACUCAAUCCCAUAGCACGUUCUUCGAACAGCUUUUUUAACUACUAGGAGGAUGUGCCUGACACGUCUCUCCGGGUGGACAUGAAUGGAGGAAUGCUCUGCUCGUGCCUGAAGAAGUCAUGGGUGUUAGGAUGUGUCCUCUACACUAGCCGGUUAACAGUAACCGGGGUAGGGUUAAUCCUAACCGUCAAACCGCGCCCCUGAUCGGGGGGGCUAUCCUAACCGUUGGUUGCAGCCCCCGGUCACACGACGCCAUAUAAAUAGAUUAAGGGGGCCGACGGGUUUAGCCAACGCUAAUCGCUCGACCACAAACCCUAAUCGACACUUUGAGAGGAACCGAUCCCCUAGGCGCUCGGAGUGACUGGAAUCGCUGUGACUAUGUCUCAGAUCCCCGUUAUCCCAUCGGGAUCUGAGAUUCCCCCUGCAGGCAACAUUGGAGGAGCUGAUCCACCGCCGAUCAACGACGGGAACCAAUCUCCUCGACACCAGCAGGGAGAUCGACAAGAAGGAGGAGGCGGGUCUUCGCUGCAAGACGCCGCCGCAAUGAUGGCUAGGAACAACAACGACGGUGCUCAUACCGCCAUGCUGAUUAGCCAGAUUGCUCAGAUGAAACCGCUAGAUGGUAGUAAUUACCAUUCUUGGCGGGAGGAUAUAGACAUGAUAACCACAGUGGGUGAGAUAGAUUACGCACUGAGGUUUGAUAAACCAGUUGAGCCCACAGUGGGCACUCCCAACUAUGACCACAGGUGGAUGCAAUACAGCAUCGACAAGGUCAAGUGGGAGAGAUCAAAUGACAAAUGUAUGAUUAUUCUUAAGAGGAGCAUCAAGGAGCCUCUUAAGAGUUCCAUACCAGAGUGCGAGACUGCCAAAGAAUACCUUGAGAGGGUAGCCUCUCAUCACCAAGGGUCUUCUAAGGCUUAUGCUUGCUCUCUAAUGACAGAAUUUGUCAAUGCAAAAUACGAUGGAAAUGGUGUCAGACCAUUCAUUCAGAAAAUGAUAUCCAUCGUAGCUAAGAUAAACAAAUACCUCGGGUCUCCUUUACACGAGGAAUUUGUAGUAUUUAUGAUAAUGAAGUCUCUGCCCAAGGAGUUUGAGACUUUUCACAUACAGUACAACACUAGUGUCACUGAUAAGUGGAAUAUAGACCAACUCUUGGCACAGUGUGUCCAGGAGGAAGAGAGGUUAAAGCAGACUGGAGACUCUGUCAAUCUCAUCAAAGGCAAUGUCCCCAGACAGAACAAGAACUCAAAGAAAAAGUUCAAGAAGCAAGGUAAACAGAAUAACCAGGCUUCCUCGAGCAAUAAUAAUCAGCCAAGACAAGGAGGCAGUUUCUCAGUUCCCCCUGAUACCUGCCUCUAUUGCAAGAAGACAGGUCAUUACAAGAGAAAGUGCCCUGAAUUCCUGCAGUAUCUACUAGAGAGUGGGACUCCGUACAAGCCAAAGGCUCCCAAAGGGCCAAAGAACAAUUAGAGUGGCAAAUGGAGUUGAAGCAGCAGUCGAGGCCAUUGGAGAUAUACAUCUUAAAUUAGUUAAUGGUUUUGUACUGUUGUUGAGAGACGUACUUUAUGUACCUUCCUUGCGAAGGAACCUUAUUUCGGUUUCUAGAUUAGAUGAUCAGCACAUUCAUUGUCAUUUUGGUGAUAGACAAUGUGUCAUUCAGUUUGAUAAUAAAGAUGUUGGUCUCGCCAUCCGACGAGAUAUGCUUUA